AUGAUACAUCUAGAGGACUACUGGGAUGAUGAGACCCCUGGGCCUGAUAGAGAACCAUCCAACGAGUUGAGAAAUGAGGUGGAGGAGACCAUCACGCAAAUGGAGCUGCUCAAGGUGUCCGAGCUGAAGGACAUUUGCAGGUCUGUAUCCUUCCCCGUUUCUGGUAGAAAGGCCAUCUUGCAGGAUCUUAUUAGGAACUUCCUGCAAAACGCUAUUGUAGUGGGUAAGUCAGAUCCUUAUAGAGUCCAAGCCGUUAAAUUCUUGAUAGAACGGAUCAGGAAAAAUGAGCCCUUACCUGUUUACAAAGACCUUUGGAAUGCCCUAAGGAAGGGCACCCCAGUGAGUGCCAUUACUGUCCGUUCGAUGGACGGAACUUCCACCGCGCAGCAGCAAUCAUCUGCAGUUAUAAGACAGUCUCCCACGCAUCGACGGACAACUUCCAGUACAGCUUCUACGUCUCGUGCGCCACCUGCGAACCCUCAGGUUACUCCUUCGGCUUCUUCCCCGGUACCGACAAUCCAUUUCAAGGAAUCGCCAUUCUACAAGAUACAGAGACUAAUUCCCGAAUUGGUAAUGAAAGUCGAAAUUACUGGUGGUAGAGGUAUGUGUUCUGCGAAAUUCAAACUGUGCAAGGCGGACUAUGAUUUAUUGACAAGCCCAGAUAGUAAAUACAAACUAUAUUUGUUUUCCGGGAUGAUAAAUCCAGUGGGCUCUCGAGGUAACGAACCCAUUCAGUUCCCGUUCCCCAACGAAUUGAGAUUCAAUAAUAUUCAAAUCAAAGAUAACAUAAGAGGCUUCAAGAGUAAGCCAGGUACGGCCAAGCCCGCAGAUUUGACUCCUCAUCUUAAGCCCUACACCCAGCAAAAUAAUAUAGAGCUAAUUUACGCCUUUACCACCAGAGAAUACAAAUUAUUCGGUUAUAUCGUGGAAAUGAUCACUCCAGAACAACUUUUAGAGAAGGUUUUGCAAAAUCCGAAGAUCAUUAAGCAAGCCACAUUGCUUUAUUUAAAAAAAACAUUCAAAGAAGAUGAGGAAAUGGGCCUUACGACCACAUCCACAAUUAUGAGUUUGCAAUGCCCAAUCUCAUACACCAGAAUGAAAUACCCUUCAAAAUCGAUCAAUUGCAAGCACUUGCAAUGCUUUGAUGGAUUAUGGUUUCUCCAUUCUCAACUACAAAUCCCAACAUGGCAAUGCCCCGUAUGUCAAAUCGACAUAGCUUUGGAAAACUUGGCAAUUUCUGAGUUUGUCGAUGACAUUUUGCGAAGUUGUGAGGACAACGUUGAACAGGUGGAACUAACCUCCGAUGGCAAAUGGACGGCCAUUCUAGAAGAUGACGAUGAGGACGAUAGUGACGGCGAUGGCGGCGAUAGAAACGAUACCAACUCGAAGAAAGACACUUCCGUGUCUAACCAUCCUUCAGUUUCUUCACAUUCUAACGAACCUAUUGUAAUAUCCCUUGACAGUGAUGAUGAAGAAAUCAAUACUCGUGUGAACAACAACAGUAACGACAAUAACCAAGAUUGUAGCAAUAUUAACAAUAACAACAACAACAACAACAACAACAACAACAACAAUAAUAAUAAUAAUAAUAAUAAUAAUAAUAAUAAUAAUGAUAGUAAUAAUAAUAAUAAAAAUAAAAAUAACAAUAACAUUAAUAACAAUAAUGAUAAUAAUAGUAAUAAUAAUAAUGACAACGAUGAAGAUGAUGACGAUGACCAACUUAUAGCAGAUAUAGCCAGCAAUCACGCCGAAAGUGGCAAUACAAAUACGCCAGCCGAUAAAAGUAGUGCAUCUGUAACGUCAAAGACUCUGGAUCCUAAAACGUACAAGCCCAAUGCCUUGGAAACAACAACGCCAACAACAAACAGGGUUGUCCCUGAGUAUGCCGAAAGCAGUUCCAAUUAUGUUGGUAGACAGUUACCGAAUAUUCUAGGCAAGACACCUUUAAAUGCAUCUGGAGUCGGCAAUUCAUUACAUUUAAUCUCUCCAAAUGUCAGUUUAUCAUCUCCAACGCCUAGAAAUGCAACUACAAAUACAAAUUCAAGUACUUUUAGUACACCUCCGGUACUAAGGAUGAGCUCUCUGGACCCCGGUGGAUCUAGAGCCGCAAGCCAAGCAACGAUAAGGCCUUCUAUGAGUACAACAUAUCCUGUCACCUCUACCACUAAUCGAUUAAACCAGCCCGAAGAAUCUUUAGUCUACUCGUCACGUGAGCAAUACAGAGAUAUGCCUCUUCUUCCUGAUAUACCUCCGACUUUCAGCAACGCACGUCCAAAUGCUAACCAGUUUGCCAGUUCAUCGGUAUGUGGUGCUACCGUCUUUCCAAACAGCAUGCUGAAUCAGAGAACUAACUCUGUACCAAUGGCAGAUCUAAACACAAGAAAUGACGUACGACAGAUCUCGAUGCCCAUACUUCCAACACUGCCCCCCAACAUUUCAACUCGAGCCAACUCUAACAAGUUGGCGCCUCCCUUAAUAGCCAAUAAUAGCAUUAUUUCACGUUCCAGUCCUCCCAUUGGUGCAAGUGCACCGCUACAGAGGUCUAAGCCCAUAGUGAAUCCAUUCAUUCCAAGAAGGCCAUAUGCUACUGUACUGCCACAAAAAAGACAGCUUUCUAAUGCAUCUGCAACAUCAAAUGGGCCCAUAAUGGGAACAUGGAAAACACAGGAUUAUGAAAAAAAAUCCAACAACGGUUAG